AGUUGUCAACUGAACACUGUGCAUUAAGUUGUCAACUAGAUCAGCUGUUUUGAUUCUCUGGUAAAUGCAAAACGAAUAUGUGAAUAACCGUAUAUCAUGUAAAUUGUUGCUAAAUUUUCGGGUCUAACGUGUUCUGGAAUCAAUCGGUUGUAAAAACUAAUUACAUUAACUAAUAACAAACACAAAGCAUACGGGUGAGUGGCAGGAAGAUUAAAAGUGCAACAAUGCGCUGCACACGUGUCAGAGCCGCCAGGUUAGUCCAACAACCAUCUACAAAUAUGGAUACAAGUGAAUCUCCAGGUGUAGCAGAAGGUGUGGACGCACUCACGUUGAAUAGUCCUGGUGAUGUUAAAGUAGACAAGGUACCGAACGGUGUAGAGGCCACGGAAGAUGACGCAGAUGUUGUGGAUCCGUGGAAUGUAACCUGUGCUAAUGAUGAAGGCAUAGAUUACGACAAGCUAAUAAAACGUUUUGGUUCCUCGAAAAUAGAUGAAGAGCUGAUAACACGAUUUGAAAAGAUAACUGGAAAACCAGUACAUCAUUUUAUACGUCGUGGUAUUUUCUUCUCUCAUCGUGAUUUUCAUACGAUUUUGACUCUGAAGGAACAAGGAAAACCAUUUUAUCUUUAUACUGGACGCGGACCAAGUUCGGGAUCAUUGCAUAUCGGACAUUUAAUACCAUUUUAUAUGGCCAAAUGGUUGCAAGAGACAUUCGAUGUACCGCUGGUUAUACAGUUAACUGAUGAUGAGAAAUCGCUGUGGAAGGAUCUGAAAAUUGAAGAAGCUAUUAAAUUGGCAUAUGAAAACGCAAAAGAUAUUAUAGCUAUCGGUUUUGAUGCAGAAAAAACUUUUAUCUUCAACGACUUGGAUUUCAUUGGGAAAUGCCCUGCAAUGUAUCAGAACAUUAUUCGCAUUCAAAAAUGUGUCACCUUUAAUCAAGUAAAAGGUAUAUUCGGAUUUGGUGACUCUGAUAUCAUUGGAAAAAUUGGUUUUCCUGCCGUACAAGCUGCACCAGCACUCUCCAGUACGUUCCCUUUUAUUUUUACUGGAAAGAAACCAGUACACUGCCUUAUACCAUGUGCGAUCGAUCAAGAUCCGUACUUUCGUAUGACACGUGACGUUGCACCACGCUUGGGGUUUCCAAAAUGUGCGCUGCUACAUUCAAGCUUUUUCCCCGCACUUCAAGGCGCGAAAUCAAAAAUGUCAGCCAGUGAUCAGAAUUCAGCAGUAUUCCUUACCGAUACACCAAAACAAAUAAAGAAUAAGAUUAAUAAAUAUGCAUUUUCGGGUGGACGUGCCACAGUCGAGGAGCAUCGCAAAUUGGGGGGUAACCCAGAAGUGGAUGUAGCAUUCCAAUUGCUGAAAUUUUUCCUAGAAGAUGACGCCAAGUUGGAAGAAGUGCGAACUGCAUAUGUGAAAGGUGAACUUCUAACCGGCGAAUUAAAAAAGAUAGCUAUCGAAGUGGUUAGUCCUAUCGUUGAAAAGCAUCAAAAAUCGCGUAAAGCUUUAACCGGGGAGGCAUUGGCUAAGUACUUCGAAAUACGUACAUUGAAAUUUGCGCAUUAGUGUUGGAAUAAAAUUACACUGAAAUGUAUUUCAUAGAAUGAAUAUUUAUUUUUGAUUGAUUAUGUGAGAUUAUUGUCCAAGGAGAGCUUUACAUUAAGUUGCAGUAAUUACUUAACUUAGAAAAGUAAUAAAUAUAAACAAAUCGCCUGCGUACGGGAUUAUUUGUUAUUUAUAGU